UUGUUUGUUCCACAUGGACGUUUCUAUAUAAAAAAUGUCCCUUUCUCUUCUCCAGUAGGUUUUAGCGCUUUGUAUCUCUGCAUCAACAAAAACAAAGGAAGAAUUUAGAGUUGUAUCACUGUGGUAACUCAAUCAUGAAAGGCGAAGCUAUGGACACUGCAAUGAAAUAUCCAGGCGAACUCACCCCAAGGGUCGUCCUCACUUGCGUCCUUGCAGCCACGGGUGGUUUAAUCUUUGGUUAUGAUCAUGGGGUUUCUGGUGGAGUUACGUCUAUGGAUUCCUUCCUUGAGAAAUUCUUUCCAUCUGUAUACGAACGAGAGUCUAACAUGAAAGCUUCGUCGAAUCAAUACUGUAAAUUCAAUAGUCAGAUCCUGACGCUGUUCACGUCUUCUUUGUAUCUGACUGCUCUAAUUUCCGGUCUUGGUGCAUCCACGAUCACACGAAAGCUAGGAAGGCGUGCGACUAUGAUGAUUGGCGGCGUCUUCUUUGUCACAGGCGCAUUGCUCAAUGGAUUAGCCAUCCGCAUGUGGAUGCUUAUUGUCGGUCGGAUGUUACUUGGUUUUGGUAUUGGAUGUGCCAAUCAGUCUGUGCCCAUCUACGUCUCUGAGAUGGCUCCUUACAAGUACCGAGGAGCUUUAAACAUGUGUUUCCAAUUAUCUAUAACUAUCGGCAUCUUUGGUGCCAACCUUGUGAACUACUACUUUGCCAAAAUAUUGAAUGGUCAAGGAUGGCGUUUGAGCUUAGGGCUAGGAGCAGUCCCUGCUAUUAUUUUCCUUGUGGGGUCCCUUUUCCUUCCCGAUUCACCAAGCUCUCUUGUUGAACGUGACCGUCUUGAAGAAGCCAAACAACAGCUCAUAAAACUCCGUGGUACACCUAACAUUGAUGCAGAGUUUAAUGAUCUAGUUGCUGCUAGAGAGGCCUCAAAGCAGGUGAAACACCCUUGGGCAACCUUGAGGAAGAGGAAGUAUAGGCCUCAGCUUGUGAUGGCAAUAUUAAUUCCCUUCUUCCAGCAAUUCACUGGCCUGAACGUGAUCACAUUCUAUGCUCCCAUCUUGUUCAGAUCAAUUGGCUUUGGAAGCACUGCUUCACUCAUGUCUGCUGUGAUCAUAGGCAGUGUUAAACCUGUCUCAACAUUGAUUUCAAUUCUUGUCGUAGAUAAAUUUGGAAGAAGAACUCUCUUCCUUGAAGGUGGUCUUCAAAUGUUAGUUUGUCAGAUUAUCAUGGCAAUUGCUAUUGGUGUUGAAUUUGGCACAACUGGGAACCCUGGAAAGUUGCCUCAGUGGUAUUCAUUUGUGGUUGUCGCUGUAAUUUGUGUUUAUGUGGCUGGUUUUGCCUGGUCUUGGGGUCCUCUAGGAUGGUUGGUGCCCAGUGAAGUUUUUUCUCUUGAAGUAAGGCCUGCUGCUCAGAGUCUCACAGUUGCUGUGAACAUGAUCAGCACCUUCCUAAUUGCUCAGUUAUUCACAUUAAUGUUGUGUCACCUGAAAUUCGGGCUGUUCAUAUUCUUCGGUUGUUUCGUCGUGAUCAUGACGACUUUCGUGUACAAGUUGGUGCCAGAGACUAAGGGUAUUCCGAUAGAAGAAAUGUCCAGAAUUUGGGAGGAUCAUCCCUUUUGGGGUAGAUUUGUCCGGUCAAGUGAUGAAGGCACUGAUAACUACAAGGGCAUUUCUAAAUGAUAGCUUGUUCAUUGGGUUAUGUUUCAUGUCAAAAAUUUGUGGUGCAGUUAUGAAUGAAUUUGAAAACUUCUUUAUCUCAAGAUUAAUUCUCUUCGUAAUGCACAAGCUUUCCAGUUCAU